CUUUUUCUUUACUUUGCUGUUCAAUUCAGAUCUCUCUUUUCAGCAUAUUUCCUCUUCAUUGACUUUUUCUUUGCUCUCUCCUCUCUCUUUUUUCCUGGUCUGUCUCUCUAUGCAGAUCGGCAUCAGCUCGACUCUUCCGGCUCAUAACUUGCAAGUCGUCCAAACCAGGCGAGCAAGCUUCAAGUGCCAGAAAUCACCUCUAAACCCUUUAGCGAAACCCCAGCCAUCUUCUCAAAAGCCUGUUUCAUCAGCAUCAUCGACUGAGUUGGCUCGGCAACACCUUUCCAACCUCGAAAAGCUCCUCCAGAAGACAAACCUAGACGACCCGGAACAAGUUGUCAAAGCUCCCAGUAAUGGAUCAAUCGAAACCAAAGGUAGGGGUUUACUCGAAGGGCUUAAUCUUUCCAGGAUUUGGCCCGAAAUGAAAGCCGCUGAAGAGAUGUCUCCACGUCAUUUAAAUGGGCUUCAGAGGCUUUUAUCAAAAACAAUUGAAUAUUCUCCAAGGAACAACCUUGGUUCUCGUUGGAGAGAGUACCAUGGUUGCGAUGAUUGGUCAGGUUUGCUUGACCCGCUCGAUGAAAAUCUGAGGCGAGAAGUGGUUAGAUACGGGGAAUUUGUUCAAGCAGCUUACCAUGGUUUUCAUUCCAACCCGUCCAUGUCAACCAACAAGGCUCCCUUACCAAGGCACGUGGCGUUGCCUGAUAGGUCUUACAAGGUGACCAAGAGUCUUUACGCCACCUCGUCUGUCGGGUUACCGAGAUGGGUAGACGACGUGGCUCCCAAUCUUGGGUGGAUGACGCAAAGGUCUAGUUGGAUCGGGUUCGUAGCGGUUUGUGAAGAUAGGAGGGAGAUUCAUCGCAUGGGAAGGAGGGAUAUUGUUAUUGCUUUACGGGGAACCGCUACAUGCCUGGAAUGGGCUGAAAAUUUCAGAGCCCAACUGGUUAACAUUCCUGAAUCAGAUGAGCCAACCCAAAAGGUUGAAUGUGGAUUCUUGAGCUUGCUCAAAACACCAGGUGCACACGUGCCUAGUUUGGCUGAAUCAGUGGUCCAAGAAGUGCAAAGGUUGACAGAGAUGUAUAAAGGUGAGACCCUUAGCAUUACAAUCACGGGGCAUAGCCUUGGGGCGGCACUAUCUCUUUUAGUUGCCGAUGAAAUAAGUUCACGUGUACCUCAUGUGCCACCAGUCGCAGUAUUUUCUUUCGGAGGACCUCGAGUUGGUAAUAAAGGCUUUGUCGAGCGACUUAAUGAGAAAAAUGUUAAAGUGUUAAGAAUUGUGAAUAAUCAAGAUUUGAUCACUAGGGUUCCGGGUGUAUUCAUUGGCGAAGGAUCGGAACAAAAACAAGAUCAACAAGAAGAACAAAGAAGUAAAAGUUUUGCAGGAGUGUUCAAAAUGCUUGACGAUAAUAAUCCUUUGGCAUACACUCAUGUUGGAACAGAAUUACGGCUCGACACUAAGAUGUCACCCUAUCUAAAGCCGAAUGCUGAUGUGGCAUGUUGUCAUGAUUUGGAGGCUUACCUACACUUGGUGGAUGGGUUCCUGUCAUCAAAUUGCCCAUUUAGGUCAAAUGCCAAGAGAAGUUUAGUGAGGUUGCUUCAUGAUCAAAGAUCAAAUGUGAAACAAUUGUAUACUCACAAGGCCUUGAGUUUGAACCUUGAAAGGGAUAGGUUAAGCAUUCCUAUGCCUAGUUGUUUGCCUAGUCCAUCUGGAUAAUAUGCUAAGCACAUUUUAAUAGCAAAAGAUAAAAAAAAGCUUGCACAUAUACUUCAAA